UAGAAGCAAAUCAAAUGGCUGUGGGAUAAUUGACCAUUCAAGAUUGAUGAUGAGUCAAUAGACUGUAUUGCUACUGUAGUAGAUUGUUGUGGUUAAAUUCUUUUUUUUAUUUAUCCAUUUUUGUAGUUUAUUUCUUGAGUUUGAACUUCAUAUUAAAUUACUUUGCUCAUCUGGAGGUAGAGAGGUACUGUUCUAAACUUCAGGCUUUUUUGGAUUGCUAUUUUCAGAAUGAGUUUGGGAGUGGGAGGUGAACAGGGUAGGGUUGCAAGUUUCAAUGCUUUCAAGGUAGUGUGAUCAGGAAAGAGGUGCACUCAAUACUUUAUUGACUCUUCUGCUGUCUUUUCUUUAUCCAGGAAGGAUCCCUGUUCCCCUGUAGCAACAAGUGCUAGUACCCCUCUCUGUCUUGGAACUAUAGUAAGAUCCCUACUCCUUCAUGAUUGGUCAUAAGCUCUCAAAUCUACCUUGGAACUGCAACCCCAAACUACUAAUGGGCAAUGGAGUUGCCAAUCAAUGCCAGUUGCACCUGGUGCUAGUAAAGGAUUGCUUAUAAUCUCUUUCUGACCAGUUGUCUGACUCCUGUGCCACUGCUGGGCUGAUAUUACCUGUAAGGUCUACUGUUGGUGCUACCAUUUGUGUUCUUCAGAAAGGCUUCCACCUUGGUAUUAUAGACCUCUUCUACUGAUCUCCUAAGUUGUUGGCUGGAAAAAUGUCUCACUUUGAUCUCUUGUCGGAUCUGUUGCCCUAAAUUUGAUUUCAGGCAUUAUUUUAAAGUUGUUUAGAAGGCUCCUGUGAGUCUGCUUCUCUUGGCCUACUAUCAAUGGUCUUUGGAUGGAGUGGACUCCCAUAAAUCCAUAAAACAUUCCUUUAAAACAGAGAAGUGGUCUGGAUCCCAGAUGGACCUUGAAGAAUUGUGGAAAACAGUUCUAUAUGUUCUAAAGGGAAACAAAGAAAAGGAGGAAGAAAAUAAUGAUCUCAUGAAGGAAAUAAAGGAAAUAAAGAAAGAACUGAGAUGUUUAAAAGAUAAGAUGGCUAAAAUGGAAAGUGGACAUGACACUCAACCAAUGGCACUUGCCCCUCUCCAUCGAUCCAUUACCUGCCAAUUCUGUGAGAAGAAGGACCACAAAAUGAUAGAGUGUAGAACUUUAUUCAAGGUUAUCAGAAGGAAUCUGCAGUUUAAUAACACCUAUAGAAGUGAUAAUUACAAAAAUAACUAUAAUAAUGAUAAUGGAAACAACAACUUUAGGAAUGAUAACUAUAGGACUAGAUAUUGGGAAAAUGAUAACUCAAACCAAAUGACUCCACAACAAUAUAACUUAAGUGGUGCUUAUCCAAAAAAUACUUGGGGUGCUAAUGUCCCUUGGGGGGUGUCCUUCAGGGGGGUGCCCAAGGAACUUCCCAAAUACUAUGAAGGUGUUGGGGGGUGGUUGGGGCACAGGAAUUGGAGGAUACAACCUUUGAUUUUCCAGACCCUGAUGUCUUACUACCCAUUGUCCCCAUCCACUGCCCCCCCAUACUAUUGAACCCCAUGUUACCUUAAAGGUGGGUAAUAACUAUUAUGAUUGCAUUUUAGACACUGGAGCUUCCAGGACUGUUUUAAAGAGCACACCUGAUUUAGAUUAUUAUUCUGUUGGCUCAGAGAAUGUAAUGGAAGUGUCAGGAAUACCCCAAAGGAUUAAAAAACUUUCCCCUAGAAUGGUGUCCAUAGGACCCCUAGAGGUAUAAUGUUCCUCCCUUUUGAUGCCUGACUCCCCUUUAAAUUUGAUGGGGAGGGACCUUCUAUGCAAACUCAGAGCCACAAUAACUUGCUCCCCAGAAGGUUUCUUAUCUUUGGAAAUACCUGAGGAAUCUUUAAAUUUACUCCCUAUAAUUCUCUCAGAGUCAGGAGAGGAAGGAGUAUCCCACCUUUGUAAUACCUACGGAUAUACCGGAGUCUCUUUGGGCCACAUCUUCUCUGAUGUAGGCCUGCUUAAAUUAGCUAUUUCUGUGCAGAUGAAAACUAAAUCUAGCUCACCUCCUUCCAUUCCUCAGUAUCCCCUCUCAAAAGAGUCAAUAGAGGGUAUUACCCCAGUAAUAAACUCAUUAAUUGCACAGGGAAUAAUAAUCUCUUGUAAAUCUGAAUACAACAUGCCCAUCCUGGCCAUUAAAAAACCAAAAAGGGGGCCCAAUGGCAAGCACCUCUAUAGAUUCAUACAGGAUCUGAGGGUUGUGAACAAAUACGUUAUAAAGAGACAUUGUAGUUUCCAACAUAAAUACUAUUAUUUCCUCUAUUCCUAGCAUAGCUACAUACUUUACAGUAGUGGACUUGUGCUCAGCCUUCUUUUCCAUUUCCAUACAUGAGAACUCCAGGCAUAUCUUUGCUUUCAGCUGGAAGGGCUCUCAGAAUACAUGGAGUCAUUUGCCCUAGGGUUACGUGGAAAGCCCGAGUUUAUUUGUGCAAUUUCUUUUAAAUUUUAUAGUAUUUUAUUUGAUCAUUUCCAUGCAUUAUUCAUUAAAGACAAAGAUCAUUUUCUUUUCCUCCCCCCCCACUCCACGUAGCCGACACGUGAUUCCACUGGGUAUCAUAUGUGUUCUUGAUUCGAACCCAUUGCCAUGUUGUUAAUAUUUGCAUUAGAGUGUUCUUUUAGAGUCUCUCCUCUGUCAUGUCCCCUCAACCACUGUAUUCAUGCAGUUGCUUUUCCUCGGUGUUUCUACUCUGCUUAUGGAUAGUGCUUUUUCUCCUAGAUCCCUGCAGAUUGUUCAGGGACAUUACACCGCCACUAAUGGAGAAGUCCAUUACGUUCGAUUAUACCACAGUGUGUUUGUCUCUGUAUACAAUGUUCUCCUGAUUCUGCUCCUCUCACUCUGCAUCACUUCCUGGAGGUUGUUCCAGUCUCCAUGGAAUUCCUCCACUUUAUUAUUCCUUUUUGCACAAUAAUAUUCCAUCACCAACAUAUACCACAAUUGGUUCAGCCAUUCCCCAAUUGAUGGGCAUCCCCUAGUUUUCCAGUUUUUGGCCACCACAAAGAGCACAGCUAUGAAUAUUUUUGUACAAGUCUUUUUGUCCAUUAUCUCUUUGUGGUACAGACCCAGCAGUGCUAUGGCUGGAUCAAAGGGUAGAUAUUCUUUUAUCACCCUUUGUGCAUAGUUCCAAAUUGCCCUCCAGAAAGGUUGGAUCAGUUCACAACUCCACCUGCAAUGAAUUAAUGUCCCUACUUUGCCACAUCCCCUCCAGCAUUCAUUACUUUCCUUUGCUGUUAUGUUAGCCAAUCUGCUAGGUGUGAGGUGAUACCUCAGAGUUGUUUUGAUUUGCAUCUCUCUGAUUAUCAGAGAUUUAGAACACUUCUUCAUGUGCUUAUUAAUAGUUUUGAUUUCUUUAUCUGAAAACUGCCUAUCCAUGACCCUUGCCCAUUUAUCAAUUGGAGAAUGGCUUGAUUUUUUGUACAAUUGAUUUAGCUCUUUAUAAAUUUGAGUAAUUAAACCUUUGUCAGAGGUUUCUAUGAAGAUUUUUUCCCAAUUUGUUGUUUUCCUUCUGAUUUUAGUUACAUUGGUUUUGUUUGUACAAAAGCUUUUUAAUUUGAUGUAGUCGAAAUUAUUUAUUUUACAUUUUGUGAUUCUUUCUAUGUCUUGCUUGGUUUUAAAGCCUUUCCCCUCCCAAAGGUCUGACAAGUAUACUAUUCUGUGUUUACCCAAUUUACUUAUGGUUUCCUUCUUUAUGUUUAAGUCAUACACCCAUUUUGAAUUUAUCUUGGUGUAGGGUGUCAGGUGUUGAUCAAUUCCUAAUCUCUCCCACACUGUCUUCCAAUUUUCCCAGCAGUUUUUAUCAAAUAGUGGAUUUUUGUCCCAAAACCUGGGAUCUUUGGGUUUAUUGUAUACUGUCUUGCUGAGGUUGCUUGCCCCCAGUCUAUUCCACUGAUCCUCCUUUCUGUCUCUUAGCCAGUACCAAAUUGUUUUGAUGACUGCUGCUUUGUAAUAUAGUUUGAGUUCUGGGACUGCAAGGCCCCCCUCACUUGUGUUUUUUUUUCAUUAUUUCCCUGGAUAUCCUUGAUCUUUUGUUAUUUCAAAUGAACUUUGUUAUGUUUUUUUCUAAAUCAGUAAAGACUUUUUUUGGGAGUUCCAUGGGUAUGGCACUAAAUAGAUGAAUAAGUUUGGGUAGGAUGGUCAUUUUUAUUAUAUUGGCUUGUCCUAUCCAUGAGCAAUUAAUGUUUUUCCAAUUGCUCAAGUCUAGUUUUAGUUGUGUGGAGAGUGUUUUGUAGUUGGGUUCAUAUAGUUCCUGUGUUUCUCUUGGGAGAUAGAUUCCUAGGUAUUUUAUUUUGUCUAAGGUGAUUUUGAAUGGGAUUUCUCUUUCUAGUUUUUGCUGCUGAGCUGUGUUGGAGACAUAUAGAAAAGCUGAUGACUUAUUUGUGUUUAUUUUGUAUCCUGCAACUUUGCUAAAGUUGUUGAUUAUUUCAAUUAGCUUUUUGGUUGAAUCUCUAGGAUUCUUUAAGUAGACCAUCAUUUUGAUGCCUUCAAUUUCUUUUUCUUCUCUAAUUGCUACUGCUAGUGUUUCUAGUACAAUGACAAAUAAUAGAGGUGAUAAUGGGCAUCCUUGUUUCACUCCUGAUCUUAUUGGGAAUGCAUCUAGUUUAUCCCCAUUGCAGAUGAUAUUAGCUGUUGGUUUUAGAUAUAUACUGUUUAUUAUUUUUAGGAACGACCCUUCUAUUCCUAUGCUUUCUAGUGUUUUUAGUAGGAAUGUGUAUUGUAUUUUAUCAAAGGCUUUUUCUGCGUCUAUUGAGAUAAUCAUGUGGUUCUUGUUGGUUUGCUUGUUGAUGUGGUCAAUUAUGUGGAUGGUUUUCCUAAUAUUGAACCAGCCCUGCAUCCCUGGUAUAAAUCCUACUUGAUCAUGGUGGAUGACCCUUCUGAUCACUUGCUGGAGUCUUUUAGCUAGUAUCCUAUUUAAGAUUUUUGCAUCUAUAUUCAUUAGGGAGAUUGGUCUAUAGUUUUCUUUCUCUGUUUUUGACCUGCCUGGUUUUGGAAUCAGUACCAUGUUUGGAGUUUGGUAGAACUCCCUCUUUACUUAUUAUGUCAAAUAGUUUGUAUAGUAUUGGGAUUAACUGUUCUCUGAAUGUUUGAUAGAAUUCACUGGUGAAUCCAUCAGGCCCUGGGGAUUUUUUCUUAGGAAGUUCUUUGAUGGCCUGUUGGAUUUCAUUUUCUGAUAUGGGAUUAUUUCUUCUUCAUCAGAGGUGAUGUCCCCCUUUUCAUCUUUGAUGCUGUUAAUUUGCUUUUCUUCCUUCCUUUUUUUAAUUAGAUUGACCAGUACUUUGUCUAUUUUGUUUGUUUUUUCAAAGUACCAGCUUCUUGUCUUAUUUAUUAAAUCAAUAGUUCUAUCACUUUCGAUUUUAUUAAUUUCUCCCUUAAUUUUUAAGUUUUAUAGUUUGGUUUUCUGCUGGGGGUUUUUAAUUUGGUUGCUUUUGAGUUUUUUUAUUUGCAUUUCCAAUUGAUUGAUCACUGCUCUCCCUUGUUUGUUAAUAUAUGCACUCAGGGAUAUGAAUUUACCUCUGAUUACCACUUUGGGUGCAUCCCACAAGGCUUGAAAGGAUGUCUCGCCAUUGUUAUUUUCCUUGAUGAAAUUAUUAAUUGUUUCUAUGAUUUCUUCUCUAACUAAAAGAUUUUGGAGUAUCAUAUUGUUUAGUUUCCAAUUAGUUUUUGAUUUGGUUUUCCAUGUACCAUUACUGAUCGUUAUUUUUAUUGCCUUGUCAUCUGAAAAGGCUGCAUUUAUUAUUUCUGCUUUUCUGCAUUUGUGUGCCAUGUUUCUGUGAACUAAUGUAUGGUCAAUCUUUGUGAAUGUGCCGUGUGGUGCUGAGAAGAAAGUGUAUUCCUUUUUAUCCCUAUUUAUUUUUCUCCAUAUGUCUAUUAAUUCUAAUUUUUCUAAGAUUUCAUUCACUCCUUUUACCUCUUUCUUAUUUAUUUUUUGAUUUGAUUUAUCUAAAUUUGAUAAUGAUUGGUUUAAGUCUCCCACUAAUAUGGUUUUACUGUCUAUUUCUUCCUUCAAUUCUUCUAGUUUCUCCACUAGAAAUUUGGGUGCUAUAUUAUUUGGUGCAUACAUGUUGGUUAGUGAUAUUUCCUCAUUAUCAAUUACCUUCCCUAUCCCUUUUGAUCAGGUCUAUUUUUGCUUUGGCUUUAUCAGAUAUCAUGAUUGCUACUCCUGCCUUCUUUCUGUCAGUUGAGGCCCAGAAAGUCUUACUCCAUCCUUUAAUUCUGACCUUGUGGGUGACUACCCGCCUCAUGUGUAUUUCUUGGAGACAACUUAUGGUAGGGUUUUGGAUUCUAAUCCAUUCUUCUAUUUGUUUACGUUUUAUGGGUGAGUUCAUCCCAUUCAUGUUCAACGUUAUGACUGUCACUUGUGGACUCCCUGGCAUUUUGCUAUCCUUUCCUAAUUCUAACCUUUCUUCUUCAGCUCUACCUUUUAGUCAGUCCCCCUUGUAUUUCCCUUUCUACCCCCCUCCCUUUUUAUUCCCUCCCUUAUUUUCACCUGUAGUCUUUUUAAAAUUCCCCCCCACCCUCUCCCUCCCUUGUAAGGCUUCCCUCCCCACCAGUCUGUUUUUUACCCUUCUACUCCCUAUAGGGCGCAAAUCUAUUCUCUUCCCCAAUGGAUUGGAUUGUUCUUCCCUCUUUGGGUCAGUUUUAAAGUACAUAAGAGUUGAGUAUUUCCUAUCUCCAACCUCUUUACCCUUCCAGUGUAUCGAUGUUCUCCCCCCUCCCACCAUGAGCUUCUUUGUGACAUAUAAAUUUACCCCCAUUUGUUUCUUUUCCCAUUUCUUUUAGUCAUAACCUCUUUUCUUUUUUAGCUUUAGUCAUGUAUAUAUAUACAUACACAUGUAUAUGUAUUUAUGCAUGCAUAUAUCUAUAUACCUAUUUAUGUCUUGUCCUUUCAUCCUAUACAGUUUGCCACUGUUCCCUCUGAGUGUAGUUCUUCUAGCUGCUUAGGUGAUAGCAACAGUUUUUAAGAGUUGCCAAUGACCUCUUUUCUUAUAGGGAUACAUAUCAUUUUAACUUAUUGAGUCUCUUAAAAAUUUUUUUUUGUUAUUAUUGUUGUUUUUCCCCUCUUUUUUAAUUACCUUUUGAUGAUUCUCUUGAGUUCUGUGGUUGGACUUCAAAUUUUCUAUUCAGGUCUGGUCUUUUAUUUAUGAAUGCUUGGAACUCUUCUGUUGUGUUAAAUGACCAUACUUUCCCCUGUAAGGUUAUAGUCAGUUUUGAUGGGUAUUUUAUUCUUGGCUGUAGGCCUAGUUCCCUUGCUUUCUGGAAUAUCGUGUUCCAUGCCUUUCGGUCCUUCAGUGUGGAUGCAGACAGAUCCUGUGUUAUCCUCACUGUGUUUCCAUAGUAUCUGAAUGGCUUCUUCUUGGCAGCUUGCAAUACCUGUUCUUUCAUCUGAUUGUUUUUGAAUUUGGCUAUAACAUUUCUUGGUGUUGUCAAUUUGGGAUUAAAUACAGAGGGUGAUCUGUGGAUUCUUUCAAUCUCCACUUUCCCCUCUUGUUCUAGGAUCUCGGGACAGUUUUCCUGGAUAAUUUCCUCUAGUAUUAUGUCCAGCCUUUUUCUUUUGUUGUGGUCUUCUGGUAGUCCAAUUAUUCUUAAAUUGUCUCUUCUUGAAAGAUUUUCUAAAUCUUCUGUUUUGUGAAUGAGAUGCUUCACAUUUUCCUCAAUUUUUUCAUUCUUUUUGUUUUGUUUUAUAGUGUCCUGCCGCCUUGUGAGGUCACUUGAUUCUAGUUGUUUUACUCUGGUUCUUAAAGAUUGGAUUUCAUCUCUGGCUUUUUGGUCGUCUUUUUUUCUUCUGCUCUGAUUUUCUUUGAAGAUCGUCUUUCAUCCUCUUUAUCUCAUCUUUCAUCUCCUUUGCCUCAUCUUUCAUCUCCUUUGCCUCAUUUUCCAGCUGGAUGAUUUUGGCUUUCAGGACACUAUUUUAUUGUUUUAGUUCAAGUGCCUCUGUUUCCAGAUGACUUAUCUUAAUUUUUAAGUUCUUUUCCCAAUUGUCUUCAGCCUCUCUUAGUGUGUUUUGAGUUCUUCCACAGCCUGUAUCCAUUUCGCUGGGAUUUCUGGUUUAUCAUUUGCUGAUCUCUCCCCCUCUGUUCAAUUUGGUGAGUAGUAGCUGUCUAUUGUAGUUUCUUUCUUCUGUUUCUGUUGUUUGUUCAAAUCCACCCCUUCUUUCCUCCCCGUAUUUGUCUGUGCUCUUGUUCCUCUCAUUUUUUUUGUUUUUGGGGGACUUCUAUCAGUCUCCCCUCUUGGAGUUUUAACAGAGGAUCUCUUGGUAUUAUCUCUGGGGGAGGGUUGUUGGGGGUUUGAGUUUUCCUGUCCUCUGGAGGCUUUUGAUUGGCUUAAAGUCCAGCAGUCAAUGAGGAUGGAUGGGGAGCCUGGGCUUCCCUGUGUUCUGGAGACUUUUGAUGGGAUUGAGUUCAGCUUAGUUGGGCUGGGUUUACUCUGAGUUUUAAACUUCCUGGACGGCUGGAGCAGAUUUGGAAGAUCUCCAAAGCUCUGGCCAGGCUGCCAGGUCUAUGCUCCUUCUAGGCUGCCAUUUUGACUUCGCCUCUAGGUUUCUGUUUUUUCAGAAGACCCUGCUCUCUAAGGGGGGAGGGGUCAUGGCUUGCCUGGGCUCUGAGGGCUCCUGAUGGUAUUAGGUUCACUUGGUUUGGGCCGAAUGAUCCCUGAUGCAAAAAGCCUCCUCCUCCACAAUCUGUGUUGAAUGCCUAGAGACUGGCCCGGGUUGUUUUCAAGGUAAGCCCUUCACUGGCCCUGAGGUUUUUGUUCUUUCAGAAGCUCUGAGGGCUCCUGAUGGGAUUAGGUUCAGGUGGUGUGGGCCAAAUGAUCGCCGAGCCAAAAAAAGGAAGGAAAAAAAAGCAGCAACCUCCUCUUCCACAGUCUGUGUUGAAUGCCUGGAAACUGGCCCGGGUUACUUUCAAGGUAAGCUCUUUGGAGCAACCCCUUUGCCAGCCCUGAGUUUUCUGUCCUUUCAGUAGCUCUGAGGGCUCCUGAUGGGAUUAGGUUCAGCUGGUUCUUUCAGAAGACCCUGCUCUCUAAGGGGAAAGGGAUCAUGGCUUGCCUGGGCUCUGAGGGCUCCUGAUGGGAUUGGGUUCAGCUGGUGCCCUAAAGCUGGGACCUCCCUUGAGACUCAGGGGGCUACAGGCUUCCCCCUUCUCUCUAUGUUUCCCUGCCAUCUGUGUUGGGCGCCCCAGAGACUGGCUCAGGUUGCUUUCAAGGUGAGUCCUCAGAGCCCUGAGGUUCCCGCUGCUGCCAUGGGCUCAGCACUCUGGGUUGGGGGGGGGGAUGGGUCCUGGGACCUUCUUUCUGUCUACCCCUUAGAUCCGAGUGAUCUAGGGUUCUGGCUUUUGGGGUGCGGUACCUUUUGAUCCAUGUCCAGGAGGAGGUUUCCCCAGGUCUAUCCUGUUGUUCAGCUUGAAUUUCGGUGGCCUAGGAACACUCUGUUUGCGAUUGGUAAGGAAGGGUUUCUGAGGUCUGAACUUUCGCUGCUUCUACGCCACCAUCUUGACCUAUUUGCGCAAAUUUUGAGCCAAGACACAGAUAAUAUAACAUUUAAAAAUAGCAAAUUAAUCAAAUACAUAGAUGAUCUACUCUUGGCUUCAACAGAUGCAGAAGCAUGUCAGGAUGAUAGUAAACACCUUCUUUUGGAAUUGUACAAAAGAGGGCACAUAAUCUCAAAGAAUAAGGUUCAGUGGUAUCUCCCUAAAGUAGAAAAUUUAGGGUUCAUUCUGACUGUGGGUGCCCAUUCUAUUUCUCCAAAAUGAAUUGAAAAUAUUCAAAAUUUAAGCGCUCCUACCACUAAGAAACAGUUGAGAGCAAUUUUAGGAGCAACAGUGUUUUGUAGAAAAUUGAUUCCUUGCUAUGGGGAAAUUACUAAACCCCUUAUAGCAAGGGAUUCGGUCCCUGAACCCCUCAAAUUAGAGCCAGAACACUUGUCAGCUCUAUCAGAUAUAAAACAGGCUAUCCUGUCUGUCCCUGCUCUAGGCAUCCCAGAUUACAACAAGCCAUUUACUUUGUAUGUACAUGAGCAAAGAGGAGUAGCCUCAAGUGUUUUAACUCAUAAUUUGGGGCCUUCUCAGCACCUAAUUGCUUAUUAUUCUUCCCAACUGGACCCAGUAGCAUCAGGAGCACCACCAUGUCUUAGAGGAGUAGCUGCUACAGCCUUACUAGUGACAAAAAUUGUUGAUCUAGUAUUAGGAUGCCCAUUACCAAUUAUGUGCCCACAUGAGGUAGAAGCAUUAUUGCUAAGGCAUAGAAUAUAGGCAUUCUCAGAUCAGUGAAUUACAAGGUAUGAAAUAACCUUUUUAAAUAGAAAAAACAUUACCUUGAAACACUGUUCAACCCUUAACCCUGCCACCUUGCUUCCAGAUUUACCAACUUCAGGAGAACCAUUACACAGUUGUGAAACACUAGUGUCCAUGGCAGAAAAGCCUCGAGAUAAUCUCUUGGAUACUCCCUUAGACAAUCCAGAUCUGAUCUUAUUUACUGAUGGUUCCUCUUUUAUGAGGGAUGGCAUAUGAUACACUGCAGUUGCUGUAAUCUCAGAAUUUGCCACUGAGUGGUCAGUUUCACUGCUCUCUAAUAUUAGCUCUCAAGGGGCAGAACUCAUAGCUCUGAAACAUGCCUGUAUAAUUGACAAAGAUAAAAGGGCAACAAUUUAUAUGGAUUCUAGAUAUGCUUUUAGCAUUUUCAUUUGGUCGGGAUGCUAUGGCUCCAGAGAGGAUUUUUUAAACUCAGCUGGAAAAUCUAUAGCUAAUGGAAAAAUUAUUAAUGAAGUUCUUUCUUCUCUCCAGUUGCUGGAAGCCCUAGCUGUAGUUCAUUGCUCUGCCCAUAUAGGUGACACUGUCCUUGUCUCUAGGGGAAAUGAUUGAGCAGUUGCAGCUGCAAAGCUAGCAGCCACAGAAGGGCCUGAAUUAAUUUUAACAUUAACAACCAUUGAUGAGUUGAAUUUAUCACUUUCCUAUAAUGAAAAGGAAGUGGGAAAAUGGAAACAAAAAUUCAAAGCAAAACAAAUUAAUGGAGUAUGGGUGUCAUCUGAAGGAAAACCCCUGCUCCCUAGAAGUUUCUAUCACCAAAUUUGCCAAUAUAUUCAUAAAAAUGGUCUAUUCGGUAGCCUGGGCAUCAUGGUCUCUGUUAAGAGAAUAUGGAUAGCCCCUGGUAUAACUACUAUAGCCUCUAAAGUGUGCUCAGCCUGCUCUACCUGACAAGCAUAUAACCAACAUGCCUUCUGUGGCAAAGCCUUUGGUGGGCAUCCUUUGGCUUACUCACCUUUUGAGCACCUACUGAUAGAUUUCAUAACAAUUUAAAAGGCCGGACAUUAUAAAUUUUGUCUAGUCAUAGUAGAUCAACUGACCACAUGGCUGAAAGCAUUGCCUGCUACCCAAGCCACAGCCACAGCAGCUUUUGUUGCAAAGUGUUUUUAAAAGAAAUUAUUCCUCCCUUUGGCCUGCCAGCACAUAUUGAUUCAGAUAGAGGAAGUCAUUUUACUGAUUCUGUCCUAAAUCAGAUAUAUUCUUGCUUGGGGAUAACUCCAAAAUUCCAUGUUCCGUAUCAUCCCCAGAGCUCAGGCCAAGUUAAAGGAUGAACAAAGAACUUAAAAAUAUGAUUGGCAAAUUAUGCACUGAGACAUAUUUAAAAUGGACUGAAAUUCUUCCUCUGGUCCUAUUUUAUCUUAGAAGGAGGCCUAGAGGAGACCUACACAUCUCACUAUUUGAGAUGUUUUUUGGACAUCCACCUAUACAGGGAAAUGGGAUCAAAAAGGAGCCAUACUUAACCUGAACAGUGCUAAAAGAGCACACAUGUCAAAAAAAGAAAGCAAUCCAGAUUAUACAUUCCCCUGUCUUCUUCAAUCAGUCCUCAAGUGUGAUGAUUUCAAGGUACUUCACUGUGCUGGACAUCCUCCUCUGAUCCUCCAUAUGCCUUCCUAAGCUGUGGCUCCCAGAAAGGGGCACAAUACUUCAGAUGAAUUGUGACCAGGAUCCACAAUAUUGUCUGUAUCGUAACCCUGAAUAGUGCACUUCUUGUAGACAAACUUCUAUCUAGGCAUCAAGUUAGGAUCCAUAUGUCCCUAGUAGUUAGCACUUUCUCUUUUGAGGACAGAACAUAGGAUGGGGAUAGAUUACAUAAGGGAAGAGAAUAAGCAUUUAAGUAGCACCUACUAUGUGUCAGGCACUGUGCUAAGUGUCUUUUAUUUACAAGUAUUAUCUCACUUGAUCCUCACAACUACCCUGCAAAAGGAGGUGCUAUAAUUAUCAUAUCCAUUUUAUAGCUGAGGAAACUGAGACUGACAGAGGUUCAAUGACUUGCCCAGGGUCAUCUAUAGCUAAUGUCAGAAGCUAGAUUUAAACUGACACAUAGUAAAAGCUUAAAUGCUUAUAUCCUUUUCUUCCCUCAAUUAGUUAAGUGUUGGAAGAUCAGUUUCCCCAUAGUGUUACCUAUUCAUUCAGUCAUUUCUGUCUUCAGUCCUACAUAGUCUUUAAGAGACACAGAGACACAAAUCUAUACAUUGUGCCACCAGCUGCCUCUGGGGAAACAUUAGGAACCUCUAGGUAGCCAAAGGUUCUUCCCUAUAUCUAGAAAGUGACCCAUCUGCAAUAUAGAGUCUUGAAUUCCUUAUUCAGAGGGGCCUUAUAGGAAGAAGAGACUAGGUGGAUGCUAAAUUAAUAGAAAAGGGAAGGGGAUUAAGGUUUGAUACUUCAAGUUUUAGAAGAAUUGAAAGACUGAGAUAUGAGGAUGAGUAUAUAAUGUUUGGGACAGCUUAGGAUCAUAGAGUGUUUUCUACUUUGGAAAAAGUGAUUCUACCUUUAUUCUGAGUGACAGGCCUGAUAAUAAAAUGGAGCUCAAGAUAAAUGUUGGAAACUAGGGGUCAGUGAUACAAGUCAGGCCAGCAAAGGGGUCUUAUAGGAAACAAUAUCACCAAAAGAGGGGUAUAUGAGGUGUUCAGGGAGGAGUAGUAUCUCUGGUAUGGAGGGCUUAUCGUGCCCUCUUAGGGCAGCUCUCCAACCUCUGACCCUCACCUGACACCCAACUCUCACUUGUGGCUCCCAGUAGCUGCUAGCAUGUGGCAGUGGCCACACCCCAGUCAACGGCUUCUACAGGCUAGCUAAACCUUGUGAGGGUAGCCAUUGGGUCGUGGACCCCUGGUGAACCAGGGCUUUGCUCACCCAGCAUGUGAAGACUGUUUCGACCGAACAGACAGAAGAAACCAAUAAGAAGUUUCAAUGGCUGAGAUGGCGAUGCAGCAAAGCACUGUGGAGUGCCUAGGGCAUGUUGGAGCACAAAGGCAACAUGGCCAUCCAAUGCAGCUGAGGAAGUCUCCAGGUGUAAUGAUUUUUCAUGCCAAUGGAUCCAGACUUUCAAUGCCGAGAGAGUGGGACUGUCUCUGUGCAUCGACUUUUCCUCUUAAAUCUCCUUCAAGCACAAGUGUUUUUGUGCACACUCAUCUACAUCACAGAUGAAAGCGCACAAAGACAAUCAUCAUCCUUGGUUACCAAGAGACUACUACUAUCACCAGAAGAUGGGAGAGACUUAUAGGUAGCAACAACCUGAUUGGUGUUCCCAAUUAACUCAAGAGUUCUUCAGGCUGUCACCUCAGCUAUCUAUUCUCUACUUGGCUAGCCAUCAGAAUAAUCUUAAAUUUUAUUUUCCCCCAAUUACACAUAGCAACAAUUUCCAACAUUUUUCAAAUGAUAUUGAGUCUCAAAUUCUCUCCUUCUUGCCCCACAACCUUUCCCCUAUUGAGAUGGUAAAUAGUUGUAAGGAAUUAAAAUUAUUGGUUUGACUAAAAUAUGUGAAAAUUAUAAAUAGUGUGGUGAUCACCGAUUUAAAAUAUUAUAGUUAGUUGAAAUGACUUUCUAUAGUUUUUAUUUACAAAAUAGGUGGGAAGAGUGAAAGUUGAGAAAUACAAAAAGAGGGUAGAGAAGUUAUUUAGCCUAUCACUAAAUAUUACUCUGGUGUUCAACUCAGCGUGGCACAAUUUGUUAACCCUUGACCAGAAUUAAUCUCUCUCUAGAAGUCAGGAAAGGAAAGCCAACUGUUCACUCACUCAAGUUCCCUCCAAGAGGCAGUUCAAGCUGAAGAUGACAUGUUGAGGACAACUCCUGAAGUCAAUGUCUAGCCCCAGAAAUUCAGGGCCCCUCUUCAUAGGGGCCAAUCACAGUUUUCAAAUUGUCUAGCACUGACCAGAGAGGGCAGUGUCUUGCGGGAUCCACUUCUCAUCCUCUGGAGGUGUAAAUGCUUAUCAAAAGGAUGCACAAUUUCCUGACUGAUUGAGUUGUUACCCACUUUAGCAAAUGACUUGCAAACACUCUUACUUAGUGUCUGAUGAGGUACUAAGUAGGGGUACUAAAAGAAAGUCUAAUUCACACUUCAUGGACUGGUCAAUUACAAAGGAGGGGUACUUAAGUUAGUGUUAACCAAGUGUUAACUCAAAGUAGACAAAGAGAAUGAAGAGUUCCCUUUCACACGUCUUGUAUAGAUUUUACAUGUGCAACCAUGUAAAAUAAUUUGCCAUAUUAUUCUUUAGUGGAAGGAAAUUCAUAUAAAAAUUAAGAAAGAAAGUGAAAAAUGUUUGCAUUGGUCUGGAUUUAAGACUCUAUCAGUUUUUUUUCCUUUGGAAACAGUUGUUAUUUUUUGCCAUGAGUUCUUUGGGAUAGUUUUGGAUCAUUGUAUUUCUGAGAAUAGCUGUUAUUCAUAGUUGUUCAAUGUACAGUAUUCCUGUCACUAUUUUCAGUAUUCUCCUGGUUCUGCUUAUUUCACUUUCCUUCAGUUCAUGUAAGACUUCCCAAUUUUUUCCUUACAGCACAAUAAUAUUCCAUUAUGAUCAGAUACUAUAUACUCAGCCAUUCUCAAAUUCAUGUGUAUCCUCUCACUUUCCAAUUCUAUGUCUUCUUCAAAAAGAGCUACUUUAAUUAUUUUUAUACUUAUAAGCCUUUCCUGUUUUUAAAAAAAUCUCUGGGAUACAAAUCUAGUAAUUGUAUUGCUAGGUCAAAGGAUAUGUACUAUUUUAUAGCUCUUUGGGCAUAGGUCCAAAUUGCUCUCCAGAAUGGUUGAAUCAGUUCACAACUUCCCCAAUAGGCCAUUAGUGUCUCAGCUUUCCCAUGUCCCCUAAAAUUUUUGUACUUUUCCUUUUCUGUCAUAUUAGCCAAUAUGAUAGGUGUCAGGAGGUAGAGUUGUUUUAAUUAGAAUUUGUCUAAUUUCUUCAUGUAUUUGAGAAAUGAGACUUUUAUUGGAGAAAUUUUGUGAAACCAAAAAAAAUAUUUCCUUUAUAAAAGGAAAGUUUUGAAAAUCCAUUUUAUCCCAAGGCUCAGCUUAACCUUUUGACUGGGCAAGUAUACAUGCUAUGAGAUGAUGCCAGAGGCCUCAUGGCUCCCUGGUAUCCCAGAGGAUGCUUACCUCUUGCUUUCUGUUACUCCUGGUGUCUGGAAGACUGGCCUCUCCCCUGGACUGAGAUCAAGUCUGUCUAACUAGGAAUAAUUGAAAGUCCUCAAUUUUCUUGAAUCCCCCCCUCCCAAAGGAUUAUGCUCAUUUUUACUGGCUUGCUUGAAGUCCUAGCUCCUUUGUCCUUUGGAACAUCAUAACCUAUGUCCUCUGAUCCUUUAAUGGAGAAAUUGCCAAAUCUUGUGUUAUCCUGACUGUGGCUCCAUGAUAUUCAAUUGUUUCUUUUUGUUUGUUUGCAUGUUUCUCCUUGACCUGGGAGUUCUAGAAUUUGGCUAUCUAAUAUUCCUGGGAGUUAUCCUUCUGGUAUCUCUUUCAGGAGAUCAUUGGUGGAUUCUUUCCAUAUUUGUUUCCCCUCCUGGUUCUAGAAUAACAAGGUAGUUUUCAUUGAUAAUUUCUUGGAAGAUAAUGUCUAAGCUCCUUUUUUUAAAUCACAGAUUUUAGCUAGUCCAAUAAUUCUUAGAUUAUCUCCCCUUCAUUUAUUUUCCAGGUCAGUUGUUUUUCCAAUGAGAUAGUUCACAUUUCCCUCUAUUUUUUCAUUCUUUUGACUUUGAUUCUUUCUUGAUGUCUUAUGGAGUCAUUAGCUUCCAUUCCUCCAAUUCUAAUUUUUAGGACAUGAUUUUCUUGAGUGAGCUUUUAUACCUCCUUUAUCAUUUGGCCAAUUCUACUUUGUAAAAAGUUCUUUUUCUUAGUGAAUUUUUGUACCUCUUUUUCAAUAGGGCCAAUUCUACCUUUCAAAAAGUUCUCUUCAGUGCAAUUUUGUAUAUCUUUUUCCAUUCGCUCUUUUCAAAACCAAGAGAACAUAUGCAGCAAUGGAAAUAUUGUUUGAAGAAUGACUUGUGUAUAUUCACCUCCAGAGAAAGAACUAAUAGACAUAAGUAAGACAGCUUUAUAAAUACAUAUAUUUUUUUUGUUAAGUUAUUCCUUCUUGAAUCGGGGAGAGGAGGGAAGCAGAGAGCUAAUGAUGUUUUAAUAUAAUGAACAAUUAAAUUUUAAAAAGAAAAGAUAAAAUGACA